ACAGUUAAUUCAUAAUACUGUGAAUGUACUGUAUAGUUUCACAAACAUAUUGUUGCAUUAUUGUCUGCAUUGGGCAAAAUUGUUCAUAAUAAUAUAAAGCCAGAAUACACACCCCCAAAUUGAAUUUUUUUCAGUUUUGGCUCUAGGGUGUCAUACAGGCUAGAACUGCCCCCGCCUUUGACAGUAAUAUGUGAGACCUCAUGAUGCAUGAUGGUAGAUCCAGACAUUGAUUUCACCAAGUGAUCUACUGCUGGCAGGCAUGGCUGCCUGAAGUGUUGCUGUGUCCUUCAGCUCUUCAAGCCCUUGGAGGAUCCGUCUGCAUCCAGGCGCCGAUAAUGUUGCUGCUGUCAGAUGGUACGUAAAUGCUCUAAUGGAGGGGGGGGGGGUGUUGGACACCAGACAUAGUCAGAGAGCCUCAUUAUAUACAUUAUAGACAUAUACAAAGAGACAACCUAUAAUGAGCACACAGUAUCCAUUAACACUUAUGUGUACUAAGAUAUGUCAUAUUGCAUUCAUUUUCAAAAGAACUUGGGUUAAGAGCAUAAAAUGUUGGGUACUUCUUUUUUUGUAACAAAUGGUUGCAGUGAAGAUGGCUUCAUACAAAUUUCCUUUGAUGUCCAGAGAAAGGUAUAUUACAAAUUUUUCACUCAAAGUAUGAACAUUUUUUUUUAAGAAAGCCAGAAGUAUUCAGUAUGAUGAUAUGAAUUGGCUGUUUAUUGAGACUGACAAUUACUGAACAUAGAAGUAACUGUUAUUGCAGACAUUCACUUUUAGAGGGAAAGGUUUCUUCUAUUGUUAUUCAUUCAGUGUCUACCAGGUACAAAAAUUCUUGAGACCUGACAUCUCAAUUAUUUAAUGCUCAUCAAGUAGACGAUGGAGGGAUGUUUCAAGUGGCCGGUAGUUCUACAAGCCAAGAAGACAGCAAACAAUUCAGAUGGAGCUGGAAGAGAUUAGAGUUGAUCAAAACUAUAAUUGCAGUAAACGUACUAAAAUAUUAGUUAUUGAGCCCAUAAAUUGAUAUGUUAGUUGAAUGCCAAUUACUUUGAAUACAACAGGACCCGUUAUAGUAUGGGAUGGGAUUUGACAUUCCAUAAAAACUUCAGCCACACCUGUUACUCGUUUAACCCUUCCUCUCGUUGCAGCCCUUGUGUGGAUCACCCCAGGUGCCUCUCGUUUGCUCCUUUGUCAGUGCUGUAUAUAGUGCCUCCCUGUCUUGAGCUCCCCAGUCCGGUCAUUGUGGUCGCUGCCUGCAUGUGCUCCCUGAUUUGCCCUGUGUUCCAGGUUAACCCUCCCUACCCUGUUUUGACCCCUGUGUUCCCUUUCCUUUUGUUUUGCCUGUUGUUUUUGCUUAAUAAAGCCCCUUUAGUUUUUUUCCCGAUACCUGCCUUUGCUUCCGUCCUUCCUGCAACGUGACAAGGAUCAAGAGAAACAAGUCAUGAAAUCCAGAAAUUCACCACAAGUAUUAUGAACUAUUGUUAUUUAACAGUACUGGGUGCUCUAGCAUCACCUACUGCUGCUCCUGGUUCUAAAUAUAAUUCCUAUAUUCCCACUAUUAUCAUCACUAAUUAAAAAAAAUCUUAUUAUUAUUGUUGUUGUCAUAUUGUUGUUGUAAUACAAAAUGAAAUUACAAAAUUAAUGUUAUUUCUGUAAUCAUUAGGGUUCAGCAUAUGAAACUUCAACUUUUUAAAUGUCUAUUCAUUUUCAUCAUAUAAUAAGCCUACAUCAUUGCAUUAUUUUUACACUGUUGAUUUGCCACACUGAAAAUGUAUUAGCAUAAUGUGAGCUUUGAAAAUGUGUUAAGGCGUUUCCGUCUCACAGUCAAACUAAAAGUGGAUCCAGCCAGGCGCUGUCCAUCAAUGUGGUUCUGAAACUGCAGGUCUUUGUUACAAAGACGUAACAGUUCUUUUAAAAAGUAACAUGGCGUGUGUAUUUGGUAUUUUCAUUUCAUUUGACGUUCGGAAGGUUUCAGGGAAGACUGACCACAUCACAUGCGUACCAGUUUGUUCUGUUUGUACACAGUGUGGCGCUGCUCUGCAGUAAUACGGAGCCACUUCGCAUCUAGAGGGAAGGCGAAGCAGUUGUACAUUGAAGGGCUCGUUUAAGAUUAGGAAGUAGGAGUCUAGUAGCGGUCACACAUGGAAGAGCCUGCCCUGCAAACCUAGCGGGAAAAUGCUUAAUAUGUACGUCAAUGUAUGCUUUUAGAUUGCUUAUUCAUUGGAUACAACAUUUUUGAAAAGCUUUGUCACAUAUUUGGAUUAUAUUGUUUUCUACCAUAAUGCCAACGAAAGUGGAGCUCCGAGAAUGGUACGUGAGAUUUUUCUUUGUUUUCUGUACGAUGUGGAGCGUCGCAUGGGCCGUGACUCGCUAUUCUAUUCCCGAAGAAAUGGAAAGAGGAUCGGUCGUUGCUAAUUUAGCAGCGGAUCUGGGACUGAAUACUGCCGUAUUGGCCGAGCGUGAAGUUAAACUAGACAUUAUCCAUAGCAAAAAAUAUUUAGAGAUCAACAGAGAGACCGGAGAACUGUAUAUCGUAGAGAGGAUUGACAGGGAAUCUCUUUGUUCCAAAACUGCUAUGACUUGCGUUCUUAAACUUGAUGUCAUAAUUAAAAACCCACUGCGUAUUUUUAAUAUUGAACUGGAAAUAACAGAUAUUAAUGACAAUGCACCUCAGUUCCGAAGAGACAGCAUUGAACUGGAUAUUUCAGAAUCUGCAUCACCGGGAGAGAGAUUUUCCCUCACAAAUGCAGUAGAUCCCGAUAUCGGAACAAAUUCAGUUAAAACAUAUCAUAUCAGUAACAACGAGAACUUUAAUCUUGAUAUUCAGACUGGGAGUGAUGGAUCAAAAUAUGCGAAUUUGGUUUUGAAAAAAGCUUUAGAUCGGGAAGAAAAAAACGUACAUAACCUUAUACUUACGGCAGUAGAUGGAGGCGUACCCCCCCGCUCGGGCACCGCCAGCAUUACUGUUCGCGUACUGGACGUGAAUGACAACGCCCCUGAGUUUGACCGUAAGACUUACUCCAUUAAUGUUGCCGAGAACACGCCUAUCGGAUCCCUUGUAAUGAGGCUGAACGCUACGGAUUUAGAUGAAGGUUCAAACGCAGAGCUGAGCUAUUCAUUUAUGCUUUACACCUCGGAAAAGGUUCAGGAUAUGUUCGAAUUGAACUCGAAUACUGGAGAAUUAAAAGUGAAAGGUGUGGUUGAUUUUGAAGAAAUAAUGAAGCUGGAAAUGCACAUUCAGGCUCAUGAUAAAGGCCAGAAUCAACUAUCCGGACAGUGUACAGUAAUAGUAGUUGUUACCGAUGUUAAUGAUAAUCACCCCGCUAUCAGUAUAACAUCCCUUAAGAGGGCAGUAAAAGAGAACGUUCCAGUAGGUACACUGAUAGCCCUCAUAAGCAUUAGUGACAGAGAUUCGGGAGCAAAUGGAAUUAUCGACAUUACAAUUAAUGAAGAUUUGCCCUUUGUAUUAAAUGAAUCAUCCAAAAAUGAUUUUGCAUUAGUUGUUUCAGAAUCUUUGGAUCGCGAGAAAAUUCCAGAAUAUGAAAUAGCUAUAAUUGUGACUGAUAAAGGAACGCCGCCUUUAUCAGAUAAUGAUACAAUUUCGUUAGAGAUCCUGGACAUUAAUGACAAUGCGCCCCUAUUUCCAAAGUCAUUCUAUACUAUUCCUGUGAUGGAAAACAAUGGACCAGGAUCUUUGCUGAGUUCUUUGGCUGCAUUUGAUCCAGAUCUACAUGAAAACCAGUAUUUGGUUUAUUUUAUUAUAGAGAAGGAAAUAGUUAAUACUUCCAUGUCUAUGUUGUUUUCCAUUAAUCCAGAGAAUGGUGACCUUUAUGCACUAAAAACAUUUGAUUAUGAGAGAGAGAAGGAAUUUCUGUUUCAUAUCGAAGCCCGAGAUUCUGGAGUUCCUCCACUCAGCAGUAAUGUGACUGUCCAUAUCAUCAUUGUGGACCAGAAUGACAACACACCAGUUAUAGUGUCUCCAUGGAGCGCACAUGGCUCUGUGGUUGAGGAAGUGAUUCCAAGAUCCAUUGAUAAAGGACACCUGGUUUCCAAAGUUAUCGCCAUUGAUGGAGACUCAGUGCACAACUCUCGGAUCACAUACCAGUUCCUACAGCUUACGGAUGCUACGCUGUUCAGUCUGGACCAAUACAAUGGGGAGAUUCGGACAAUGAGAAUGUUCAGCUACAGAGAUGCUCGUCACCAGCGCAUGGUUGUUCUAGCCAAAGACAAUGGAGACCCUGCUCUCUCUGCCACCGUCACCAUCAAGUUAUCGACUGUGGAACAGGCCGUUAAAGUCUAUUCUGACACCAUGGAGGUACCUUUGGAAUAUGACAUCUUCUCAGACCUAAACCUCUACCUGGUGAUCAGUUUGGGUGCAGUUUCAUUUCUCUUACUAAUGACAAUAUUGGUCACCAUCGUGCUGAAGUGCCAGAAACCAAAACCCACCAAAGCGGCUCCUCCUGUAUGUAGGAACAGCAUCAUCAGCCAGAGGAACUCUACUAUAGCGGAUUCCACCCUGAUCUCCAGUGAUGCCUACUGGUACAGUCUGUUUCUAGCAGAGACCAGGAAAGGGAAGGUGGUGGUUAGGCAGCCGGUACCCAAGGCUGGAUACAUCAUUUCCAGUAUACCCAGGAGCACAGGCCUGACAGAAACCAGUGAAUCUGCUGCAUCCACACUGCAGGUAAGAAAAAGCAACUUAUCAGCAAGUCUAAUUUAAUUUCUAAACUUUUAAGAUAUUUAAAUAACAUUUAUAUCUUACAUGACCUUUAUUCUGUACUUCCAAUUUUUGUACUGGCAAUGAUUUACAUACUGCUAUAGUUACAGUAUAGUAGAUUAACACAAUUGAAAUGGCCUGCACAAUGAUACAAUAGUUCCUCGUAAAGUAUGCAGUCAUAUACAUAUAAAUACAUUUAAAUCUUUGAUUUAACCUUUAAUUUG